GGAUCUGUGGGGAAUACAACCCGCCUGUCUAAAAUCUUCGGUGAUGUUGGUACAGUGGGUCAUGCUGGGCAAUUGCCAUCUUCGAAGACCGGAGGUGACAUCAGCUAGAAGCAAAACAACUGAAGUAACGCUGCAAACCCGGUGUGGGACGGCAAGCAAGAACAUGCCUCGUUUCAAGUGCGUGGUAGUGUCGCCACUACGCUGCAUCACCAUAGCCUAGGAAUAUUGCAGUCAUUUGAAAGGUCCUUUUUAAUGGCUGAGUACUUUGUGAACGCCAGAUGGAAAUGGCAGCGUUGAUUAUGAACCAAGCCAGCUAGCCGACUAGCUUAGCGUUAAAUAAUUUGGGUCAAAAAAACAAUGCCGUGACAGCCACAGCGAAAUCAGAAUAAAUAGCCCCCUGGGCAUUUGAGUCGGAUUAAAAAUGACAGGCAUAAGGGCACGUUUGACAAGUCUGAGACAGAGGCUGAAGCUGGACUUAUUCAAAGAAGUCGGGCGACAGUACCCAGUGUUCUGCUUUCUCCUUGUUAUUUUGCUUCUAUCCACCGUCCUUCUGAAUAGAUUUCUACACAUUAUUAUGGUCUUCUGGUCCUUCCUGGCGGGCGUUGUUACAUUCUAUUGCUCACUUGGACCAGACACUCUACUACCCAGUAUAUUUCUAUCCAUCAGGCCAAAGGUUAAGCAAGAUCAGCAGGAGCUGUUUCCAUUGGGGCACAGUUGUGCAGUCUGUGGAAAGAUUAAGUGCAAAAGACACAGACCAACAUUGCUUUUAGAAAACUAUCAGCCUUGGCUAGACUUAAAAGUGCAUUCCAAGGUGGAUGUCUCUCUAUCAGAGAUUUUGGAAUUGGUCCUUGAAAAUUUUGUGUACCCGUGGUACAGAGAUAUCACAGAUGAUGAGGCUUUUGUGGAUGAGCUCAGAGUCACCUUGCGCUUUUUUGCUGCAGUGUUGGUGCGCCGGACACAGAAGGUGGAUGUCCCUUCACUCAUCACACAAAAACUGCUCAAGGCUGCCAUGAAACACAUUGAGAUUAUUGCCAAAGCAAGGCAGAAAGUGAAGAACUCAGAGUACCUGCAGCAGGCUGCCCUGGAGGAGUAUGGGCCCGACCUGCACAUGGCCCUCCGCAGCCGCAGAGACGAGCUGCUGUACCUGAGGAAGCUGACCGAGGUGCUCUUCCCAUACAUUCUGCCACCCAAAGCAACUGACUGCAGGUCUCUCACUUUCCUCAUGAGAGAAGUGUUGUCUGGUUCUGUUUUCCUCCCGUCUAUGGACUACUUGGCUGAUCCUGAUACAGUGAACCAUCUGCUGCUGAUAUUUAUAGACAGUUCUCCGCCAGAGGCUGCAACAGAGCCAACUUCAACCUUGGUGCCAUUCCUGCAGAAGUAUGCUGAACCUCGCAACAAGAAGGUCUCGGUGCUGAAGCUGGAGUUGAAGGAGAUCCGUGAGCAGCAGGACCUGCUCUUCCGCUUCAUGAACUUCCUCAAACAGGAGGGUGCCGUGCACGUCCUGCAGUUCUGCUUGACCGUAGAGGAGUUCAAUGACAAGAUCCUGUGCCCAGAACUGACUGAUGCUGAGAAGCUCAUGCUACAUGAAGAGGUAAAGAAGAUUUAUACCACCUACUGUCUGGAUGAGAGCAUUGACAAGAUUCGCUUCGACCCUUUCAUUGUGGAGGAAAUCAGAAACAUUGCUGAAGGCCCAUAUGCGGAUGUGGUGAAGCUGCAGACCAUGCGCUGCCUGUUUGAAGCCUAUGAACACGUCUUGUCCCUGUUGGAGAAUGUCUUCACACCCAUGUUCUGCCACAGUGAUGAGUACUUCAGACAACUUUUGAGAGGGGCCGAGUCCCCUACCAGGAACUCCAAGCUGAGCAGAAAUAGCGUGAGUUUGGAUGACAUUCGUUCUUCAGAGUGGGAUUGUCCGCUGAGUGUGGAGUGCCCGUCCAUCUCUCCGGGCUCAUCACCCGCAUUCGUCUCCCCCCAUUUCCAGUCCAUUCACACCUUCCCGCCCAGUGGCCUAGCGAGCCGUACUGCCUUGCAGAAAAACACCUCAAAACGGGGAGAAUCGUUUGGGAUCAGUCGAAUUGGGAGUAAAAUCAAAGGCGUGUUUAAGAGCACCACUAUGGAGGGGGCCAUGCUGCCCUCCUACGGACUGGCAGAGGGAGAGGACGACAUGGUGGAGGAAGCCAUUAUGGUUCUUGAAGACGACGCUCCUGUGGAGGCUAUCGGCACCCCCAGCACCCCUCGCAACCUCUCCGCCUGGAGCAUCACCAUCCCUUACGUCGACUUCUUUGACGACGAGGUCAAGAAAGAAAGGAUCCCCGUGUUUUGCAUUGAUGUUGAGCGUAAUGACAGACGUGCUGUGGGCCAUGAGACCGAGAACUGGUCUGUCUACAGACGAUACCUUGAGUUUUACGUCCUGGAGUCAAAACUCACUGAGUUUCAUGGCUCCUUUCCAGAUGCACAACUGCCCUCUAAAAGAAUAAUCGGUCCAAAGAACUAUGAGUUCUUAACAUCUAAACGGGAAGAGUUCCAAGAAUAUCUACAGAAACUACUACAACACCCUGAACUCAGCAAUAGCCAACUGUUAGCAGACUUCCUCUCCCCUCAUAGUAUGGAAUCCCAGUUCCAUGACAAAAUGCUUCCCGAUGUCAACCUAGGGAAGAUCAUUAAAUCUGUACCUGGAAAGUUAAUAAAAGAAAGAGGACAGCACCUGGAACCGUUCAUCCAGUCAUUCUUCAACUCCUGUGAGUCGCCAAAGCCCAAACCCAGCAGACCUGAGCUGACCAUCCUCAGCCCCACAUCGGAGAACGACAAAAAGCUUUUUAAUGAGUUGUUCAAAAACAAUGCCAAUCGAUCUGAAAUCAGUGAGAAGAAGCAUAAUCAGAAUUAUUUCAUGGAAAUGAUUACUGUGGAGGGAAUUUAUGACUAUUUAAUGUAUGUCGGCAGAGUAGUCUUCCAUAUCCCUGAUUGGCUGCACCACCUUUUGAUGGGUGGAAGAAUACUGCUCAAAAACACACUGGAGGCUUAUACAGAUUACUACCUGCAUCGCAAACUGGACCAAGUUAUGCUGGAGCAUCGAGUGGUUUCCCUCAUCACACUUCUUAGAGAUUCUGUAUUCUGUGAAGCCAGUGAACCUCGCCCCCUUCAAGAUAAGCAAAAAAGAGCUAAGAAAACAUUUGAAGAAAUGAUGAAAUAUAUACCAGAUUUUCUGACAAAAUGUAUUGGAGAAGAAUCAAAGUACGAGGGAGUUCGGCUCCUCUUUGAUGGACUCCAACAGCCAGUGUUAAACAAACAGUUGACCUAUGUCCUGCUGGACCUGACAAUCCAAGAGCUCUUCCCUGAACUUAAUAAGGUACAGAAAGAAACAUGUCAUUUGAUGGCUCCAUGGAUGUAGGAAGCUACCUAGUGACUGUUGUCCUUCCAGCACCUGCUGCAUGUGCAAUCUACUGUAUGAAAGCAUAACACACCACAAUGAUCCUCUGACUGUAAUGAUGUUAUUCUGUGACCAGCUAUGUAUAGCAUGGGGAAUGACACUGUAAUGAAUUUUGAGAAAAAAAAAGAACUGUAAUAUGUAAUACAGAGAACUAAAUAAAAUAUUUAUUGCUUA